UACUCAUUUUAAUGGAAAUAAUUUGAGCAAGACUGAUUUCUUAGUCAUAUUAAAUUCCUAUUACUAGUUACCAGUCUUAAACCCAGAAAUCAAAGUAGACUGACAUUCAGAAGUCAAUUCGAAAAAGAAUCGAGCAAAGGAAGAUAAUAAUUUCAUUUCACUUGACCGACAAUUUUCACGAAAGCAACAACUAAAGCAAAAACUUGAAAGUUACAAUGAAUAAAGAUUACUUAAAAGGAAUGGUAGGGGGAGAUCUGUUGGCGUCCAAUCAAUUGCCUGAAGAAGAAACUAGAGGAGAAACUUGCGCCAUUACCGGUCCAAAUUCGGAAAGCCGAGCUCUGGAGAAACGGGCAAAUGCUAAUGCAAAAUUUGUUAGCAUUAUGGAUCAAUUGGAUGCAGGUGUGGAAAAGUUUCGCAAGGACGCUUUGAAUUUACAGGAGAUCAGGGAUUACUUAUUGAUGUCGAUGGAUCUAAUCAAAGGCAAUGAAAUGCUACAAAAUAUGAAUGAAGAAGAGCGUGAGGAGAGCAUGUUAUACAUCCAACGCGUUAGCUCCCGUCUGGCCACAGUGGAGCUAAAUGUCCAAACUCUACGCGACCCUUCGCAGGAGGAGUCACUUAGCCAGAUCAAUGCCCAAAUCGACACCAUGAUCAAACUGGGGGAUCCCGUGAUGUCACGUCAACGUUGUCAAAUGUAUCUGAAUGCCUGUUGCAGUAGCAGCGCUGGCCUAACUGAGGACUUGGAUGCUGCUCUCGAAUCGGAUGUGGGACCAAUAGACAAGAAAUUUGAAAGUGUUCUACUUGGCUGCACCCUGGACGAUCAGAAGAACAUUAAGAAGCGGUUGGUUGCAUUGUUCCGUUAUCUAAAAAAGCAAACUGUUAGCACUUAAAUUUUUUUCUCUUUUUUAUGUGUUAUUUGUUUAUUUUUUGUACAAUCAAAAUUAAUGCCAAACGAUUCCAGAUCAAAUUGUCACAAAAUAAACAAUACACAAGAAA